AUGGGAUAGUCAGGGUAUUAGCUGAAAAAAUGUUAAUAAGAUGAUCAUAAUGAGUAGAUCGAAACCAUUUGUUAUAACUAGUAGUGCACAGACUUCAGAUUGAAUUGCUCUAAAUGUGAGGAAAGAAUCCAUCAAGAUCAUUUUAAUGAUGUUUAAAGAAUCAACAGCUUGGUUGGAUUCAUUAAAGAUAAAAAUACAGAAUGUUAAAAUUUUAUUAGUGAUCUUAAAACUUUUGUGGAGAUUAUGAAUUAAUCAUUUUCUUAAUUAAUAAGUGGAAUUUAAUUAAAAUAUUUAAUAAGAGAGGAAGUAGUAAAAAAUUCCACCUUGUAAUAAAUAAAUGAUUAUUUGAAAUCUGCAAUUGGUUUUAUUGAAUACAAAUACUCAAUUAAAAAUGUUGUUUCACAAUUAACUCAGAAAUUAACUAAUGCAUUUAAUACUUUAUAUGAAAAAUUAUAAUUAACUACAUUUAACUAUUAUGAGAUAGAUUUUAUUUCUAAAGGAGAAUCACUUAAACUAUAGCGUUAAGGUAAUAUAUUAUUAUAAUCCUUAGGUGUUUAAUUAGCUGAGUAAAAGAAAUACGAAGAAGCCAUUCAAAUAAAUGAUUUUUCAUUAAAAUACGAUCCUAAAGAUGCUAUUUCUUUUAUGAUAAAGGGUGAAUAAUAUAGAUAUUUAUAGCAUAUUGUUUAGAGAAUUUAAAAAAAUAUCAGGAUGCAAUCAUUUGGUACGAUAAAGCUAUAGCUAAUUAUCCUUAACAAAAAUAUAUCUUAAAUGGAAGAGGUUGAUUGAAUCUUAAUGAUAUAAUAGGUGUAUGUUUAUAUUGGCUAAAGAAAUUUGAGGAAGCUAUGAUCUGGUUUGAAAAAGUAAUCGCCAUUGAUCCAAAGGACGCUUUUUCUAUCGCAAAUAAAGGUAAAUUGAAAUUUUUGUAUAAGGCUUAUGUUUAUUGUCUUUAAAUGAAUUUGAGAAUGCAAACAUUUGGUUUGAUAAAGCGCUAGCUAUCAACCCUUAAAUAAGUUUAGCCUUAAGAAGUAAAGGUUGGUUAAAUUAUAAUUAUAUAGGUGAAUGUUUAAUUCAAUUCAAACAAUACAAAAAUGCAAUCACUUGGUUGGACAAAGCGUUAGCAAUAAAGGAUAACGAUGAUUAGGCUUUAAAUUACAAGAUUGCUUAAGAGAAUAAUAGCAUUAUAAGCAAGCUUUGUUUUGUUAUGAGAAAUCAUUAAAAAUUAAUCCAAAUGAGGAACAUUCAAAAUAAUAAAAGAGUAUUUUUGAUUAAUUAAAUUAGUAUUUUGUGAGAAGAAAUUGA